UGGCGGUUCUGCAUGGCUGUCGUGCUGCUUGCUGGUCUUUCACUUCUUCCCAUAGCGAGGGGAGAAAGUAGAAAUUAAGUUUGUGACGUAGCUCAGUGUGCUUUCCUGUUUAGAGUCUUUUGCUGUCUCUGAAAUAUGCUUGGACUUCGACUCCAGGCAUCUUACUCACCUGUAUCUCAAAGCCUGUCUUGUGUAUGUGCCAUGCUUGUGUUGCCUAAACCAAGUUUUGGAUUUCUAAAUUGUUACAAUAAAAUCUGAUUCCUGUAUGCAAGAAGUGAACAUUCUGAUCCCGUUAAAUGGAGUGGAUCAUAAGAAGGUUGUUGCUUUCAAAGUUUGGUGCUUAGAUGAAGUGGAUAUGAGAACACCAUGUCUUGAAUAUGCUUCUUUCACAGACUGUGUAAGGUUCAAGACCUGAAAAAAUGGCAUUGGCAGCAAUUGAUCCGCAGCAGAAUAUUGUAUUGAGGGUUGUCAACCUUCCUUUGGUGAGCUCCACCUAUGAUAUGGUCUCUACAGCUUACAUCACCACUAAGGAUAACCAUCCUUAUUUGAAGUCAGUAUGUGAGGUAGCAGAGAAAGGAGUGAAGACAAUUACAUCGGUAGCUGUGACAAGUGCUAUGCCUAUCAUCCAGAAGCUGGAACCGCAAAUUGUAGUUGCCAACAACUAUGCAUGUAUAGGUCUAGACAAAAUUGAAGAGAGGCUGCCUAUACUGAAUCAACCCACUGAUAAGGUUGUUGCCAAUGCCAAGGAUGUAGUUGUUGGAGCCAGAGAAGCUGUAACAACCACUGUGACUGGUGCCAAGGAAACUGUUGCUCACACGAUCACUGGAGUUGUGGGCAAGACUAAAGAAGCAAUGCAAGACAGCUUAGAAAUGACUAAGUCAGUUGUCAAUGGGAGCAUUAAUGCUGUCCUGAGAAGUCGUGUGGUGCAAAUGGUGAGCAGUGGAGUGGACAGUGCUCUCACUAAAUCAGAGACCCUUGUAGACCAGUAUUUCCCACUUACAGAAGCAGAACUAGAGAAAGAAGCUGCAAACGUUGAAGGUUUUGAAGUUGGAGUUCAAAAGCCAAGCUACUAUGUUAGAUUAGGAUCCCUGUCUUCAAAACUCCGCACACGUGCCUACCAACAAGCCUUAAACAAAGUUAAAGAUGCUAAACAGAAAAGCCAGGAGACAAUCUCUCAGCUCCACCACACUGUUAGUCUGAUCGAGUAUGCCAGAAAGAACGUGAAUAGUGCCAAUAAGAAACUUCUUGGUGCUCAGGAAAAGCUUUAUCAAUCCUGGGUAGAAUGGAAGAAAAAUACAGGCCAAAAUGACGGUGGUGAACUGCGUAGUGCUGAGUACAUUGAGUCAAGAACUCUAGCUAUUGCACAGAGCCUCACUCAGCAACUUCAGACCACUUGCCUCACACUGGUCUCAAGCCUACAGGGGCUGCCGCAGAAUGUGCAGGAUCAGGUUUACAGUGUUGGGUCAAUGGCAGGUGAUGUCUACCAGAGCUUUCGGUCUGCAUCCUCCUUCCAAGAAUUAUCAGACAGCUUUCUUACAGCUAGUAAAGGACAGCUGAAGAAAAUGAAGGAGUCUCUGGAUGAUGUGAUGGAUUAUCUUGUUAACAACACGCCUCUCAACUUGCUGUGAUGACCUAAGCUGUGAGCUACUGGAUGUUUUAAUAUUGAAAAAAAGAAGGAUAUGCACAAAAGAACCCUCUCCUCCCUUCACAGUAGGUGUUUGGUGUGCAUGAAACUGCUGGCUGUCUGUUGGCUCCCUAUAAACAGUGUAUACUUCUCAGCUGCAACACCAGUUUAAACUUGUUUAACUUUAUCUAACCUCCUUUGAACUUGAGUGACAAAUGUACACUCAGCUACUUGGGUACAGUUUUUCCUCAGUAAAUACUGUGAAUCCCUCCACUGGAAAAGAAUUACUGUCACUAGGAAAUAAGCUUUCUUGGUUGGGGGCUGUCCAGGUAAGUUGUAUCUGUGUUACUAGUGCAUGCCCUGUACAACUUUUGAGUUGCAAUCAUUUAGAGUAGCAAUGCUGGCCACCAUUUUCAAAGAGGUCACCAAAUAGUGUGAAGCAAAUGGAGUUCAAAGGAAGCUUAUCACAUAGUGGCACAUUGCUUCAUGGAACAAUACCUCUGUCUGGCACAAUGUGGGCACUAAAGCAAAUUACCUGUUAUCUAGCCAUCUACUGUGAGAGGGAUUGCUUAGCUGUUAAGUCAGGUUUGGCCUAGAAGCGUGAGGAAGACUUUUUAAGCACAAUAUUAAACAAAUUGUAACAACAUAAUUAAAGAAGUGUUAUCUAUAAUCCUCCCUGCUUUAAAUAUUUACUUUAUGUAGGGAGUUGUUUAGCAUAAAAUUAACAUAAGAGGAUGAGAUACUCUUUUCCAAUUAGUGCCUGAGUUAAGACUUCUGGAGUGCUUUCAGCAAUUAACUUCUUUUAAAGUUUACUUUAACUGUUGCAUGAGCCAGCCAGAGACUAUCCUUCUUUAUCUCCAUUUAUAAUAAAAUUUUAGAGUGCAUCCACUGUUGUAGAUGUGUUCAGCAACAGAAUGGAACUAAUUAGGUCUGGGAGCAGCUGGCUGUUUAAAGAAGGGAAUUCCCAUUCUUCUAUACAUUUUAAAAUCUAAUUGCUCUGGGACUUCAUCUUGAGCUGAUCAAUCAAAUAAAAUAUCAAAACUUUUCACUGUUUUUUUUUAAAGAUGGAGAAAUAAACAGCAUCAUCUGCUAUUAGUGAACAAGCAGUACAUCUCUGUUCUGCCUUAAGUUGUGCUACUGGUUUGUACCCUUACAUGGCUGUCCAGCUUUACUAAGCCUCAGCAAGCAGAUGAAAUAGAAAGCAAGGGAAACUGAUACCAGCCUAGACCUUCAAAGCACUUCUCCCUCACCGUGCGCUAUCGGGUUGCUUCUGUGUAAAGUUCAUUGACUUCUGACAGCUGACCUACAACUGGUGGCUGCAAACAGCAGUGCCUGGUUAAAUGCUGGGCUUAUAGCCUGUUAGUCUAAAAUGCUAUAUGUAGGUUCCUGUGCUGUGCUAUUGUGAUAAGUGGUAGUUUUGUUGGAUGCUGCCCAGCCACUGAGUGCUUUAAGUUUUAUCCACCCCCCAUCCCCCAAAUAGAAUUAGGAACCCUUCCCUAGUGGAAGAAAGGACUGACUAACAGCAAAUAAGUAUAUUCCUGAUUCAUUAUAUAGAAUAAAGUUCUCUGGAUUGAGAUUAUUAUUAUAUCCUGCUAAUACAGACAGCACUGAAUGUUUCAGCUGAAUUGCAGCUGGAGCUGGCGUGGGUAUCUUCUUGUAGAUAAUUUAGCACAGCAUAUCCCCACGCUCUAGUCUUACUGCAGCUGUACAGACAGAACUUAUUUUUCUCUCGUGCAGCAAGAGAGAGCAAGUAUUAAAAUGCCCACUGGAGGCAAAAACGAUGCAGACACCUUCCAAAGUCAUCUUUCUCUUUUUGCCACUGUUGUUUUUGACUGAAGCUAAGGUGCUUCCUUUCAAAUAAAGGAGGGAAACCAGAGCAGAGUUUGCUCAUGAAUUUUCCUGCCAUCCUACCUGUUUCUCUGUAAUUGCAUGUAUCAAACAAUUCAGGUGCACUACACAGAAACUUGCUUGCUCUCAGUCCAAAAUCACUUUUGAGGAUAUAGCUUGGGCUAGAAAGCUGUGAAGUUUCUCUAAGCUGUGAAGUUACCUUCUAAAAAAGGUAAGACCAUAUACGUUGAAAAUGAUAGGAAAUAAGUUCAACUCUUUGCAGCAAGGCAGAUAAACUAGAUGAAAUGGAAGCAUGUCAAAGGCUGAUAGCCAUACAAAACCUGGGAAGAUAAAGGUUAAAAUAGUAACAUAAUUACCUAGGCUAUUUAGUGUUUAUUUAGAAUUCAGAUACUGUUUCUCUUUAAGAGAUCACUCAAAAAUUGUUCAUGCUAGUUGACCCUUCCUCCUUUCAGGUGCAGUCGACAGAGAACUAUUAUUCUAUCAUUGCUAGCAGUCCUUUUCUACAAGAGCUCUAAAUAUAAGCAUUUGUAAAUAGCUCCAUAUGGUACGCAAGUUUGGCAAACGUCAUAUUUAUAGCAUUGGCCAAAGCCAAAUUACAAGAUUUGUAUAAGAACUGGAGUUGAAGCUGGUUUACCUCAAACUAAAGAAAGGUGGAAAACUUUUGAAAUGUCAUCUAUUCUUCAAGAUUAAUUUUUUGCGUUAGUAUUUUCCAGAAUUCAAGUUAGAAUAAUAUUUUAUAGCUAGUAAAAUAGGUGAAAGGGUUUGGGAACAAAUGAUGAAUUAUUUUUUGUUAUUUAAAAAAAAAGCAUAACUACCAAGGAAAAACUUAUUUAAACCAUCUAAUUAAAAAGAGGAAACAGAACUAAACAUUUUUAAGCAUGAUCUGUUAGUAAUUUGCAUGAUCAGAAAGUUUUACAUGCCACAGCUUGCUGGAGGUAUUGCAUAGCGUUUUGUUAAAUUUAUUUGUGUUCAUAUUAAGGUGGCAAUUUCACUUCUUUUGGAUAAUACAGUCUGAUGACUAAAAAUAGGCGCUUUGUUUUGAAAAUGCACGAAAUGAGAGCAAUCUGUGGCUCAGUUCUGAAAACAUAUUUAGCAAGAAAAAAUUGAUCAAAGUUGUUAGUAUUGAUGUUACUGUUUGUGUAUGAAGACAGCAAAACACCUGAAGUAUGUUCUGUACUAUUCCAUGUAAGGUUUUUGCAAGUUGUGCACUUUUCUGUGUAAAUGAUUUAACUGCAUCCUAUGGAGAAAUAGCAUGAAGAAGGGUUGUAUCUUAUGCUUCUUGCAAGAAUUGAUAGGAAGUUGAAACAAAGCAGUAAGUCAACUGUGAAAAGUGGUAUGUAAGUGAAGGUCCUUUACUUAAGCAAUCCCAUAAUGCCAAGAGCUUUGCAUUGAUUUAGUUAGACUGGUGCAGAUGUUAGAAUGUGCAAUUCUAAUACAAUUUAGCAUGUUCAGAACUGAGAUAAAUCAUACUGACAUCCACUCUGUUUUACUCUGAUGCUGACAUACACUUCAAUAUGAAAUUCUUUCAUGGCUAUGAAAAUCUUACUGUUACAUUAAAGGAGUCAGGUGCUUUUACUGCAUGCAUUAAGAAGAUGAGGAAAGCACAAACUUAAAUUUCAGUGAUUGUUCUGUUAUCAGUGAGAACAACGUGGAUAUGAGUAAAAGCCUCUUAAAUGUAGGAUAUAGUAAAAAUUUUCACUGGUCAGACACAGUUACUGAACAUGGUUAUGUGUCCUGCUCAGUGUAAAUAAAGAAUAAACCAACUCAUUUAAACAAUUCCUUUGGGCACAUUUUUAAAUGAUUUUGUGUAUGGACUACUUAACCUUAGUGUUGUUAAGAUACCCUGAUUUAUACUACAGUAUGGAAUACAGGGUCAUGUACCGAUAGUGGGAAAACUUGUUGAUUUCUCUAAGUUCAGUAAUUAGAGUUUUAGGUAAAUUGCUGUAAGCAGAAAGAUGCAAGAUAAUUGUUUCUGGUACAAAGAUGUGUUUCCCUCAUUCCCUUUUGAUUUUGACUUUUUUGAGACAAAAAUUACAGAUCUCAUUUUGAUCAAGCUUAGGUUGUCAACAGUAGUGCCUGAAAAGUUACACACUGCUUAAGUUCUUCUAAAACUCAGUUUUAAUUAAUAAUUAAUAUUUCUAAGUCCCUGGUGCCCUAUGACUACCAACUCCGUAAGAAACUGAGUGAUUCGCAUGCAGCGAUUCUGUGCUGUGUACAGCCUGGUAGCUGAAACAGUAAUCCCCUUAUAAUUUGAUAUAUUCUCUGCCCUUCUGAGAUAUCUUCAAAGCAGGCACAGCAUAGCUUUUUUCUUGCCUACCGUCUUUCAUAAAAGUAAGUCAUAAGGUGUUUUGCAGUUAGGGAAUGGAUUAAAACUGUUUCUCCAGUCAGCACUGAGAUUAAGUUACAGAAAUGCAUAGAAACCUCUGCAAAUUGUUGCUGCUUUGAACAUGCAGAACCGAAGUCCUUUCAGCAUGCAACAGUUGUUAUUUGCUGAUACUUUAUCUGGCUUCAAGUAUGUCUCAUCACCAACAUUAAAACUAACUACUAAUCAAACUACAGAUGUAAGCAUUUUUCACUUGGUGUAAAAAAUUUACAGUUAUGAGUAAAUUGCUUAAUUAUAUCCCAUUUUUCAGAAGUGCCUAAGUAAUCUAAGUCCUACUAAAGGGACUUAAGGGUUGGGACUUAAGCUCCUAAGUGUCUUAGCCAACAUUUUUAGAAGUCUGUAACAUCCAUGUAUCCACUAAUGUCUCUAGCAAUUCCUGAAACCUGGCGCUGCUUAACAGUACAGAAUACUACACAUGUAGUUAAAACAGAGACAAAAGUGAGAUUGCAGUUCCAGGUAUUUGUUUCCUCAGGAAAGGUUUCAUUCAGUAGGCAGGCAGGGCAGUACAGAGCAAUCCGUAUCAAUCUCCUCAGGGCAGAUUACUUAAUAUAGUCCAUUGCCUUUAUGGAAAGAAGAAAGGCAAAGUAAUUUUAAAAACCUCCUUUCUUAAUUUUCCAGUCACCACGUUUACCAGCUUCACCAAAUUCAGUCCACUGAGUUCAUCUCUGUUACAUCUCUAAUGUGAGGGUCAAAACCACACAGGUACCCCCAAAAUACCAGGCAGUGGAAGGAUUUGGGAGAAUUUAUUUUUGGAGUCAAGAGCACUUAACAUAUCAGCACAAAACUGCACCAGGCCUAGGAAAAGAAGAUAUGCCUACUGUUCUCGGGGCUUUUAUUGUCCCAGGCCCUCCCGACCUUCAAACAUGUCCGUAAGAACUUAUGUUUUCUCAUGCCAGGGAGAGCUUCUCUGGAAUGCAGGAAGAGAAAAUAUCUAAAACUGUCUCUGGCCAAAGAGGAAAGCUUUCUUAAGUGAAAAUCCCUAAUCUCCUCACAGUAAAAUCUUCCGGAAGGGCCUUCUACACUUACAUCUACUAUAAAAUCCUGUCUUCUAAGCAACUGAUCUGUAUCUUGCAUAGUAUUUGGUCUCUCUUAAUGCUAUGUGUUUCAUAUGUGACUGAGCAUAUUUCAGUCUGUAUUCAGUAUAUUGGGUCUGAUUUCUAGAGAUGCUAUGUAUCUUUGUGUCAUGACUUCAGAGAGGAGUACUGCACAAAUUUGUUUAGAUAAAUUGACUGAAAUUUCAUUCU